GAGAGAGAGUGGAGAGAGCUUGUGGUUUGAGGUGUGUCAGACACACUUGUUGAUGCAGAGAAUCAACAUGGCUACUCCCAGCAGCAGGGGGACCAGACUGUUUAAGACCCUCCUGAACCACUGCAGGACCCAGGGACCAGGUCAGACCCGGACUGGACCGGGACAACACAGGUUUCUGACCUCCCUGCCACCGGCUCCCCCAUCGGUCACCUGGAGCUCCGAACUGUCUCGGCUGUCCCACGGGGAUCUGUACCGGCUCUCGGUAACUGAUCCGGAUCAUUUCUGGGGAUCAGCCGCAGCCGACCGGCUCCGCUGGGUUGAACCGUUCCACCGGGUUCGGGACUGUGAGCUCAGCAGCGGGAAAAUCAGCUGGUUCCUGGGAGGGAAGCUUAACGUGUCUGUGAACUGUCUAGAUGUUCAUGUUGAGAAACAUCCAGAGCGAGUGGCUCUGAUCUGGGAGCGGGAUGAACCUGGCACUGAGGUGAAGGUUACCUACAGAGAGCUGCUGGAGACAACCUGCCGCCUGGCCAACACCCUCAAGAACCAUGGGAUCCAGAAAGGGGACAGAGUUGCCAUUUACAUGCCCGUGUCACCACUGGCAGUGGCGGCCAUGUUGGCUUGUGCCCGUAUCGGAGCAGUGCACACUGUGGUGUUUGCCGGCUUCAGCUCAGAGGCUCUCGCAGGCAGGAUACAGGACGCUCAGUGUAAAGCUGUGAUCACCUGUAACGAAGGUGUGCGGGGUGGCCGACGGAUUCCUUUGAAACCGACAGUGGACGCGGCGGUGAAGAGCUGCCCGACUGUCCGAAACGUGUUUGUCUCUCAUAGGACAGAAACUCCUACUUCCAUGGGAGAGCUGGACAUCGCCCUGGAGGAGGUGAUGUCCCGUCAGUCUGCAGUCUGUCCUGCGGAGCCUCUGGACAGUGAAGAUCUGCUGUUUCUUCUGUACACUUCAGGCAGUACAGGGAAACCUAAAGGCAUCGUCCACACGCAGGCUGGGUACCUGCUGUACACCUCACUCACACAUCAGUACGUGUUUGACUAUCGGGAUGGUGAUGUGUUUGGCUGCGUGGCAGAUGUAGGAUGGAUAACAGGACACAGCUACGUUGUGUACGGCCCGCUGUGUAACGGCGCCACCACUGUCCUGUUUGAGAGCACACCUGUUUAUCCAAACCCAGGCAGGUACUGGGAGACAGUGGAGCGUCUGAAGAUAACUCAAUUUUAUGGAGCGCCCACCGCUCUACGUCUGCUGCUUAAGUACAAUGAGAGCUGGGUGAAGAAAUACGACCGCUCGUCCCUGAGGACGCUCGGUUCAGUUGGAGAGCCUAUCAACCAUGAGGCCUGGCACUGGUUCCAUGAUGUGGUUGGAGAUGGACGGUGUCCUUUAGUGGACACCUGGUGGCAGACAGAGACCGGAGGAGUCUGUAUCGCCCCUCGACCUUCAGAGGAAGGAGCGCCAAUUGUCCCAGCAAUGGCCAUGCGGCCGUUCUUUGGCAUCCAGCCGGUUCUCAUGGGAGAGAAGGGUGAGCCUCUCUCUGGAAACUCUGUGAGUGGCGCUCUGUGUAUCAGUCAGCCAUGGCCUGGGAUGGCUCGAGGCAUCUAUGGAGACCAACAGAGAUUCGUUGAUGCGUACUUCAAACCAUAUCCUGGUUGUUAUUUUACUGGUGAUGGAGCACACCGGUCAGAGGAUGGUUACUACCAGAUAACUGGCCGGAUGGACGAUGUCAUCAACGUCAGCGGCCAUCGCCUCGGUACGGCAGAGAUAGAGGAUGCUCUGGAUGAACAUCCAGCGGUUCCAGAAACAGCUGUGAUUGGUUUCCCACAUGACAUCAAAGGAGAAGUACCAUUUGCCUUUGUGGUUCUGAAGGAGGAGUUUGCUGACGACCCCUUCGCCGUCCUUCAGCAGCUCAGAGAACUUGUGGCCACAAAGAUUGCUAAAUAUGCCGUCCCAGAGCACUUCCUGGUGGUGAAGCGUCUGCCGAAGACUCGCUCUGGGAAGAUCAUGAGGAGGAUCCUCAGGAAGGUUGCCAUGGAGACAACUGGACCAGGUGACCUUGGUGAUGUGUCAACUCUGGACGAUCCCUCUGUCGUCAACGAGAUCAUUCAGGCCCACGAGCUCUACAGGAAGCAGAGAGGAAAACAGUAGUAGAAGAAGAAGCAGUAGCACGGAGGAUGAACAUCCUGUCCUUACAAACUGUUUGGAACACUGGGAAGAGUUGGGAUGCGCCAGUAUAGAUUACAUCAUCAUUUCUCAAGUAGAACUAAAGACGUUCAGAGACAGCACAUAUCAAGGUGCUGCAGUCCAAGUAAGAAAUCAACAUUUGCAAGUUGUUUUUUCCAGACGUUCAAGUCAGGAAAACAUGGAUGCCUGUCGAAAACAUACAGUAUGUACGUAUGACAAGUCUUAGGAGUAGUACCAUUUGUUGGAUGAAAACUGCAGAACAUUUCACAACACAAACAGCACAAUAAGUAGCCUAAGAUUAUUCUGCAAUCUGUUCUCUGUGUGCUGUGAUAUCACUGUGACGUUAAUGUGUGUUAAUGUUGAUCAACUGGGACUAGAGAGAUCUUGCAGGAGUUUUGGUUUUUAACAGCUGUGGCAUAUACAUUCAGUAUUUUUCACUAAUCGUAACAAUGACUUAAUCAUGAGAUUAAAUCAUUUUUUAAUUCCAGAUUUUUUAUGAUUACAAUGUUUUCGAAUCUUUUAAAAGUGUAAGUCCUACAAGAUCUGAAUCAAGUUUGACAAUAUCUGCUUGUAUUGCAGAAGUCUUUUUAUUUGACGCGUACAUUUUUAUAAACAGAUAUUACAGAUAAGCAUACAUAGUUUGCUGCUGACUUACAGUGGAUCUGAUCAAACACAAGUAAUAAACUUUUACUGAUGAAUAAAUACUGUUAUCUGUGUUUUUAACUUGAUAAGAAACAACAAAAUAAAACCUUUUGAAUUAUUAAA